AUGCACCUCAGCGUGCUGCUCGCGGCGCUCUUCGCCGCCCCCAGCCUCGCCGCCCUCCCCUUCAAAGGCGUAGACUGGUCCUCCCUCCUGGUCGAAGAAAAAGCCGGCCGCACCUACAAGAACCCGGCGGGCCAAGUGCAGCCCCUCGAAACCAUCCUCAAAGCCUCCGGCGUCAAUACGGUCCGCCAGCGCAUCUGGGUCAACCCCUCCGACGGCAAUUACAACCUCGACUACAACCUCAAGCUCGCGAAGCGCGCGCAGGCCGCGGGGUUGCAAAUCUACCUCGACUUCCACUACAGCGACACAUGGGCGGAUCCCGCGCACCAGACCAAGCCCGCGGCGUGGGCGAGUCUGUCGACGGAUGCGCUGGUCACCCAGGUGUGGAAGUACACGAACGAUGUGGUGAAUGCGUUUGCAGCGGCGGGGAUCAAGCUUGCGCUGGUGAGCAUCGGGAACGAGAUCACGCCUGGCUUGCUGUGGAAUACGGGGAGGCUGUCGAAUAGUGAUGGGCCGAAGACGGUGGCGAAGCUGCUGAAAAGCGCGAGUAAUGGGGUCAAGGAGAGUAAGAUGGAUCCGAAGCCGAAGAUUUUGGUGCAUUUGGACAACGGGUGGAAGGCGGAUACGCAGACGUGGUGGUACGACACCGUCCUCAACUCUGGAGGCGGCUUCUGGACUGACGCCUUUGAUGUUAUUGCUGUCUCUUACUACCCCUUCUACAACUCUGCGGCAACCCUAUCUUCCCUCUCUUCCUCCCUGAACACUAUCUCCCAGAAGUGGAGCAAAGACAUCAUGGUCGUCGAGACGAACUGGCCUGUCAGCUGUCCGAACCCUGCCUACGCCUUUCCCAGCGACGCGAAGAGCAUCCCGUUCAGCAGCGCAGGGCAGACGACGUGGAUGAAGGAGGUUGCGAAGCGCGUCGCUGCGGUGCCUGGGGGAAGAGGAACGGGACUGUUCUACUGGGAGCCGGCGUGGAUCGAUAACGCGGGGUUGGGUAGCUCGUGUGGAAGCAAUCUGAUGGUUGAUUCGAGUGGGAAGGUGUUGGACAGUUUGGCGGUUUUCAAGCAGAUAUAG